AGUAAUUUUGAAAACUUUGAUUUAUAAUCAUCGACAAUUAAUAACUCCAAGUAUGAAAAUCUUAGCAUAUAUAUGACGUAAGACCUCAACAGAGUUUGCUUAAUCAACAUGAUCUAGAGCAAAUAUUAGUAAUGUGAACUUAUGAUAGAGUAUAAAUUAUUUCACCUACGAUCCCUAUGUUUUCACUUAAUAAGGACGAAUAAGUUUUUUUUUAAGAAAUAAGUAUUAUUGCUUGGUCAAGUUUCUACUCAAAAUGUAAUAUAUUUAUGUUUUGUUUAAAUUGUUCAUCAAACUGUAAUAUAUUUUUAAAAUUUUUAGUAAAAAUGAGUAAAAUAUUUACUUAGUAAACUUUAAUCAGAUAUUUUGGAGAUUAAAAAAUAUAUGUGUCACUCUAGAUACAUUAGUCUACUGAUGUGUACAUUGAUAUAAUGCAAAAGCAAAAAUAAAACACCAAAAAUUAUUUAUUGGGUAAAGAAAUUAAAUAAUAAGGAAAGAGUUAUAGCAGAUGUGAUAUAUGUCAUUCUUCGUACAUUAAUUAUUAAUGUGUACAUUGAUAUAAUAAAAAAAUAAAAUAUUAAAUGGAGAGAUAGUUUCAUGAAUAUAUCAAUAAAUUUUUUUAUACAAAAAUUAUCCCCUUAGGCAACUUAUCGAAUUGUAAUAUUAUGUAUGGAUAAAUAUACAGUGCUAUGGUCUAACAUUCUGUACUACUUAAAAUUUGUAAUAGAUUGUUGGAAUGAACUAUUAGACUUUGUUAUUAUAUUUUUCAUAUGUAUGUAUAUGUUGAAUUAAAAAAUGGAGUUAUUGAUGUUUAAAAUUUGGUAGUAUAUUUAAUAAAUGUUUAAAUACAAUAAAUUAUUUACUAAAUUUUUUAAGGUAAUUAUUUAUUUAUUAACUCUUCAAAUAUAUAAUUAUUCUUGCACUAGCUCUUUCUCCCGUUCCACGAGUCGGCAACUUAAAGUAAUUUGACCAACGGACCGGGUCAAAAGCUAGUAAUAUAAUAUAUUGAUUCAUGCCAUGUUAGAGUACGCUUGGCAUACGUUAACCUUAAGGUAUGAGUUAAUUAUCAUAAAUGGUCACAAACCUAUUUACUUUGUACAAAACGGUCACAAUUCUUUAAUUUUGCACAUUUUGGUAAAACAAGUUUGAGCAAAUAACGAAGUGGUCAAUUCGUCUAAUUCCGUCCAAAACUCUGUUACCUAUUGCCCAGUUAGCAUGACAGAUCAUUAAAAAUAUUAAUUAAAAAAUGAAAAAUCAAUUAAUCACCCCACUUAACCGGCACAACCCAACCGGUCAUAACAAGCUCUUUACCCACCCCUUCCAGAAUUGCAGAAAGCUAACGACCCUUCUCGAGUUUGUUGCUGCAGUGAUCGGCAGAAUGGUAUUCCCUCCACCCUUCUUCUUUCAAGCUCAUCGAUCUUCCCUUGACGGUUCAGAUGCCUUUGAAUCGAGACUCGAUUCGUCGACCCUGACUGCUACUACUAUGCCAGCUUCGCCGAAUGGAACGAAGACGAGUUCGAAGGUCUUUCGACUGAUGACUCCAAAGUCUGGUGGUGCUAGUAGCGACGAGAAGGAAAACAAGAUCCAUAUUCGAAGCAGCAACUAGCGGGUUUGAUUUUUAUUUCCUCGGUGGCUGGCGCAAAUGGGGGAGAGACAGAGAGAAUCUGCGAUGGUAAAGUUCUUCUGCCUGAGAUUGGGGCUGAGAAUUUAUUCCGGUGAGGCAGAAUCAGGGAAGACUGACUGAUUACCUUGGGCCUCAUUUUGGGGGAAUUAAAUUGAAUUUAUGUUUGUGUUUGCUAAAAAAAAUUGCCGAAGGGGUGGGUAAUUCAGGAAGGGGUGGUUAAAGACUUACUACCGGUUGGGUUAUUCUGGUUAAGUAGGUGAUUAAUUGAUUUUUUAAUUAAUAUUUUUAGUGACAUGUCAUGCUGACUGGGCAACGGGUAACAGAAUUUUUGGAUGGAAUUCUCUAACUCAAAUCAUAAGUCUCAUUUAAUCUAGGGUUAAUACCCUAGUUUGGCCCGAAGUUUAGCGUAAGUGACAGUUUUAGCCCCAUUUUUCAAAUAAGACAUUUGUGGCCUA